UUGUUCUUCUAAAUCGUUUUAAAAAGGGAACACUGAAUUUUGUUUUGAGUAUGGCAAUUCUUUAUAUUAUUAAAAUAUUGUACGCAAGUCCCGCAUACAUGACUUAGAGGGUACGAGUUAACUUGGGUAUAUGGAGGAAGGAAAUUGUGUGUCAGGAGAUAGAUCACUAACUUGAAGGUUCGAUGUCAGAGUUUGAGAAAAAUAUUAAACAUUUUUUACGGCAAUUAUGUAUGGUAACAGAUUACACCAAAAAGUCGAGGUUUUAUAAUGCUUGGUUUACUAUUCAUGGAGGUACAUUGGGCUAUUGCGAUCCUAAAAUUGAGAGUCACUUAAAGUGCGCCCUCUAUGCCUAAAGAUGGCUAUACAAAGAAAGACGGUCAUUCCUUUGUAAGAUUUCCACCAUGGCGGACGCAUCAUCACCACCUGCGGAUCUGAACGGCAAAUGGCAACUCGUCAGAAACGAGAAAUUCGACGCCUACCUGAAAUCCGUGGACAUUGGGUUAAUCAAACGAAAGAUGAUCAACUCAAUGACACCCGUAGUAGAGAUGGAGCAGAACGGCGAUGACUUCAAAGUGACAGCCAAGAUACCCGUCGCCGGACCCAUCGUGUCGACGUUCAAGGUGGGCGUUGAGUUCACCGACUCCAACCCGAUGAUGGGAGGCACUGACGAGAAGCGUGUCCUGGCGGAGUGGCGGGGGUGUAAGCUGGUCCAUACGGUGGUUUCGGCCCCAAAGGACAAGCCGAUGUCAAUCGAACGAGAGAUCGUCGACGGAGAGCUGGUUAUCACCAUGACUAACGGGGACGUGGUGGCGAAGAGAUACUUCAAGAAGCUACCGUCACAAUAACGGUCGGUAUAGCAUCUCACAUCAGUACCCCACUGUCAUACUAUAGGAGAGUACAUCAUUCUCAUUCAGCAGCUAUUGCCACUAACCAUCAUGGCAAUGAAGGCAAUCAGGAGCCGGACAUUACAUCUCUUCCUACAUGGUAUCAGUUUAUCGAGGCCAUGCCAAGAAUCCAUGAUGUGUCAUUUGCAGAUCGCCCACUCUCCUGCAUGUUAUGGACCAAGGAUCCUCAGAGUAUUCAUAAUUUUCGAGAAACUUGUCAAUUGAUGUUAUCUUUUUCAACAAGUGUAUUUUGUAAUUAAUUUCAUGUGACUGUCUUGAGCCGCCUUUGAAUUUGUGUUGUUGAUCUGUGCGCUAUAUAAUGUCUCCUGGUUGAUUGAUUGAUUUUAGUCACAAAACAGUAAGCUACUAUCAAAUGAAAGCAAAACAUUCCCAAUCAGUGGAAUUCUUUAGCAGAUAUUGACACUAACUGUCUUAGGGCUAGCUUAGUCCCAAUAUCACUCCGCAUAGAGAAAGGAACAAUGUCUUGUCUCUAUGUAAGUUAUACAUGUAUAGGGGUCCAUAAUCUAGUAGUGUGUAGCCAUCUUAUAUUGUGUUUUCUGCCAUACAAUAUUCAAAUCAAUACAACAAAAAAGACAGAGUUUAAAUUGAUGCCUGCUAAAAUCAUCAAGGCACAGUCAUAUAAUUAUAACCAGUGGUGCAAUGGUGCUUUUCUAAUGGCUUCUAUACAGUCAUGCAAAUAUUAUUAGAAACCCUUAAUAAUUGGAUGGAGUGUGAAGGUUCAUGCAUGCACGGUCAUGGGUUGCAAUAACACGGGGCUUGCCUCCAUGCUGGUUCCCACUGUGUUGUGGCUGCAUGCACAUGGGAUGUGUAUCCAUGGUUUAUCCUCCAUGGUUUAUCCACAAGGACAAAAUCACCAUCAUAAUGAGGAUUGCACAGAGUCAACAAAGCGGGCCAAGGCAGGGGGAGAAACACUUGCAGUGCCAAAGGUUCUUGUUUGUCUACGUUUUUUUUUUACAGUUAAAAAUAAAUAAGUUGCACUGGCUUGUGUCCAUGUGCACUGGUGAUUUUGCAGAAUACAUUUUUAACGUGGGAAAGCACUUAAUAUGCAAUCAACCAAAUCUAUGGUUGUAUACAUUACAUGUAGAUGGAUAUUGACCUUUAUUUUGUAUCCAUACAAACUAACCCUAUCCUUAACCAUUGGUUACAAUAAUGGAUUCUUCCGUACGGGUAGUCAACCAUUUCUAGGUUUACACUUAUGUAUUUUGCAGACAGGAUUCGAACGUAGAAAGCAAUGAAAAUGCAAUCAACAAAGUCUAUUAUGCUUGUGUGGAUAUUGACUUUUGUAUGGUAAUCAAUAUGAAUGCUUUCGUGCGGGGUGAACCAGCCAUCUUUUAAUACACUGAUGUAUUCUGCACUCAGAAUAUUAAUUUACAUUUUGAAAGUAUAGAAAGCACUGAUAACUCAAGCAACCAACUCUUUGAUUGUGUGUAUACAUGGAUUUUGACCUCUAUUUUGUUAUUAUGGUGACGACAUGAAUGCUUCCGGCCGUACGGCGUGAUCAACCCGCCAUUUUGUACACUGAUGUGUUUUGCAGAAGACAUUUCGAACGAUGACCCCCCCCAAAAAAAAAAAAAAUAUAUAUAUAUAUAUAUAUUAUAUAUAUAAAAAAAUAAAGUAAAAAAAAAUCAAAAAAAAAAAAUCAACCAAACCAAUGUGUUAGAUGGAUAUGCCAUUAUGUGGAUGCUUCCAAACGUUUUUUACACUGACUUAUUUCUGAAUGUUUUCAGAAGGACUGUAGGCCUAUUGUUUAAAGUCAAAGUGUACCUUCGAUCUUUCAAACUGUUCGAUUGCUUUUAAAAUCCUGUACAAAUGGUAGAUGUCUGAGAAAGUUUCAUUUCAAAAGGUGGUCGCAUUUUUUAGAAUUCGUCUAAAACCCGGAUCUUACAAGUGUUACUGCAGUAACGCUUCUCAGAUUCAACCAUAAAACAUUAUCGUUUUAAAUAUCCACAAUACUUCAAAGUGAAACGUUUCUCAGAAGGCUUCAUAUUAUCGAAAGCCAAUGACGACGUCUUGAACCAACAGUUUUUGUGCCAUAAAUUUUAUGAGUGAUACCAAACGUAUACCUCCCCUUUUAAGUUUAAACUAUUAUUGGCAAAUUGCGUAGACUAGUAGUAACCUUCAUUGAGAAAUAUUGAAUAAAAUUUCAAUGCUCUUGAAA